AUGUUUGAAGACAAGACUGAUCUUGAGAUUGACGAGUCGCUGAAAGCCUGGUUGAGGGACAUUCAGUUGCACCGGAAUAUGAAAGACAAUCCUACAGUAAUCGAUCUCAAAAAGGUGCUGAAACUUUUAGUGGACAGAUUCUCAGCACCGGUUCAAGAGCCACUAUCUAAAAUGUCCAAUUACCAACUUGACCCGCGCCGACAAAUAGUGAAGUUAUUUGGUAAACUUCGAGCCGAUGUACAGCUCAACAGUCUCGCAAGGGAUGUACUGCGAAUAAUGGUACUCGAUUCCGCCUACAAGACUUUGGUCUUUAAUGAAUGGACACAAAACCUUAAUCGUCCAGAAAAUAUGCUUACAUUUUUCAUUGGUUCGGAUUUUACAAAAUUUCUCCAUAAUCCACUGUUUAUCGCGUGGCUUAAUUACGUCGACUGGUACUGGGCUAAAUCGAAAGAACAAAGAUUAGAUCGAUACAUCACUUUCAUUCACUUGCUACAGGAUUAUUUAAACCGAAACACGAUUGAUGACAUGCUUGAUUCAUCAACAUUUAUCGCUGUUUUUCCGCUCAACGCUGGUGAUGAGUUCGAAAAAGAAAUGCAGGAUGCUUGGAAGAUCCGGCAAGUGGUGCCUUAUAAUGUCGAUUUUAACAAUAUGGAAACAUAUCAAAAAAAUUGCGAGAGAAGCUACUUACAAAUAAUGACAAGCCGCAGUGGAUACUUCAUUACGUCAAUACCUACAGACAUCAUGCUCUAUUUGACGACAACGAACUGUUCGACUUUUUAA